AUGAAUGAAUUUGCUUAUUUUCUGGUAUUGAGGCUGACUAAACAAAAGUUGGUCUAACAUUUGUGCUUGAUUAAUAUACCUUUAUAUGCUUUAAUUAAUUUUAUCUUUCUGUAUAUAUACCUAUAUAUAUUGUCAUCAAUGAAAUAAAAAUUAUUUUAACAAACUUGUUCUUUAUUUUAGUUUCUGGAUAUACUUUCAAAUACAUUUUUUUCUUUCUUUUUUUUUCCUUUUUUUCUAUUGAAUUAUCAUUGUGUAAUAUUUUUAUUUCUUAUCUUGAUAUCUUAUCAUUAUAUCUAUGUAGUAAUUUGUAUCUUCUUUCCUGUUUACAAUUAGUUGGAAACAGAGUUGUAACUGGAAACAACAAUAAUAAUAAUAACAAUAACGUGAAUCCACCAUUGACACCAUGCACAAGAAUAUUAGCGAUGAACAUGAUUGGUGAUCUUAUGAGGAAAGUUGGUGUAAGUAUAAUUAUUAUCUUUCAUAGAUAUGUAGUUCUUUUGUUUUAAAAGAACAUUUGAUGUACAAAGAUAGCUUCAAGCAUGGCUUGUGUAUUUUUGAGUUUUAAAAAUUAUAUUCAGUUGUCAUAAAUAUUGGAUUAGCAACUGUUCUAAUUUAUAUGCUUUAUUUCUCUUGAUUUUAUUUAAGCAUCGAUUUAUUAUAUCUUUAUAUUUAUUUUAUCUGACAUACUUUCAUUACAAAGUAAUUUGAGCAAAAUAAUUUAUGUGAUUUAGUUCAUCUAAGACUUUUUAAUCUGUCAUAUAAGACCGUCAUAUAAGACUUUUAAUCAGUUGAUGAUACUGGUAGUGUGAUGUAGUUGGUGUUUUGGUAGCUUGACAGGUGGGUCUGCAUGGACUGUAGGAAGGUAAAAUGCACUUGUCUUGGUGGGAAAAAUACAAUUUCCACUACACCUACUGAUUUACCAUCCGUCCAGGUUCACAUACCUACUCAUUGUGUACGGCAACAACCUAGAUCAACCAAGUGCUGAUCAAGCUUUUUGUGUACAGGUCUUUAUUUGAUUUCUUUUGCUUUCUUUUGUAUAUUUUUUUCUGUACACAUCACACAUGAUUCCUUGCCUCCCGCUUUAAUUGUCCUCCAUAUAAUAGGCAUCACCAACUUUGAAAAUUAGCCCUUAAUAUUCAAAAUAAGGGCGAACAACAAUAUUAUUUUUAAGGGAAAUGAUAGUAUCUCAUUUAAUAAUAAAUAUUUGAUCAUGUAGGCAUUGGAGAAUAAGUUAAACACAUGUCAAACUUCAUCUCGAGAGGAUCAAGCUGUUCGUGAUCUUUACAGGUAAUAUUAGAACAAUAUUAUAAUUUAAAAUGUCAUUAUUUUUAUAUCGUUAUGCAAUGUGUGUAUUUGUAGCAAAGAAAUAUCGUGUAUCAAAUAUUUGAAAAUGAACAUUGAAAGAAAUUAAUAAAAUUCUCUCAAUGAACAAUUUUCUUCAAUAAAAGAACUAGAUGACAUUGCUUGAAAUGAUACAUGAUAAUCGUACUAAAUUAUUUGUACUUAAUAGUUUUAUAUCUACUUUUAGUUACGUAGUGCUUCCUGUGAACAUUAAAUUUACGAAUUUAUAAAUAAAGAUAGCUUUUCAUGGUUCCAGUUCACUAGCUUUUUAAUUGUUAAAAAUGUAUUUAAAAAGACUGCAGCACAUUAUGUUACUAAUUGAAAUGGAGCAUUUUGUUUUUUUUGUUUAUGUGUAAAUUGUUUUAUAUGUUUUAAUUAUUAGUAAUAUUCUCAGACAAAGCGAUCAAAAUUAAUUAUAAAGUAAAUAUUAGAAAGUAAGUUAAAUUUCAAGCAUUUAUAUGUUUGAUAACUCUUUUUAGUUUUAUAACUUAACGUUAUUGUUUACUGUAUGUUAAUUUAAAUGUAUGUUUUAUGUAGCAAGCUUACAAUUAGCUGUGUAGCUUUGUUUUGUGAUUCAAAGAGUACAAUAUACUUUUAUUGUAAUCUGUUAAGAUCUUAAUAAUCUGAGUUUUAAAAAAAGAAGUGUUGUUUAAUUCUAUAUAUUUUUUUAAAAACUAAAAUUAUGAAAAAUUUCAUUAUUCCAUGAUUAUUAAGAUUCUUAAUAAAUCAGAUUAAUGUUUACAUCAAAUAGUUAAAUGUAUGUAUUAAAUGUAUGUAGAAUAUACUGUUAUUAGUAUGAUAUGAAAAGCCAAUAGAAGCAUUUGCUGUUGUACACAUACAUGUUGUAGAUAUACCAAAAAUUUUUAAAAAAGGACCAAAAUUUUCGAGUCAAUUACAUUACGAAACUUGGCUUCCAGAAUUAUAGACUUUAUAAAAAAUUGAAAUUGAAUAUAAAAUUUAGUAAAGGAAACUUUUAUUACAAAAAUAAUUUAAGUAUACUUAAUAUCACUAAAAGUUUUUUUAUACAUUGGAUUGAGCCAAUAGGUGAAAAAAAUGUUUCCAAUUAGACAUUAUUAAAGUUUAUAUAUCAUCAAUACAAUAAUAAAUUAAGAAAUUUCAACAUUUGUAUAUUUGUAUAUAAUGAUUGUGUAUAUUAUUAAAAGUAAAUGAAAUUGAAAAAUUUUUUUAGAUUUUAAAAUGCAAAGUAUAUAAUAUUGAUUGUAAUGAAUUAAUUCAUUAUUCAAAAAAAUCUUGAAGACCAUUAAAAAUGAAAUUGUGUUGUGUAUAAAAAAAAUAUUCAUAGCUCAAUCUAAUUCCAUAUUAAUGUUGCAUUAAAAUAAUACUCUUUGAGAAUUCAGUUUUAAGAUUAAUAUUCAUGACUUUUUUUUGUAAUAUGAAAAAAGAAAUGUCAAUUAACAAACUUCUUCUACACAGGGAUUCAUCAUUAAUCGCAGUUUUAAUUUUUCCCUGUUUCUCUGCAUGAUGUGUUACUUUCUUGUAUCUUGUUAGUAAUGUUCACAUAGUAUAUAAAUAAAAUUUCUCAGAGUAUUUUUCAUAUCAAACUGUUGGACAUAUAUUAAAUCUGCACAUUAUAGAAUUUUCGUCUUGUUUUGUUUCGUUUAAAUCAUACAUUAACACCAAAUGUCAAAAAAAGCGAACAUCAUUGAAUUGUAAUUCAAAGUAUUUUUCAUAUCUAUAUUGUGCAAUUCAUAAACAUGUGCAGCAUUUCUCAAUCCUUUCUGUUUCUACUCUCACAACUAGUUAUAUAAUUUAAUUUAUUACACGAAACUAAAUUUAAAUAAACAAAUAAUAUUCCAGAAAUAAUUAAGUAUUUUUUAUUAAGAUUGGGAAACGCUGAUUUGAAUAGAUAUAUUUGUAACACUAAAUUUUUUUAACUUAGGACUAGACGACAAGUUCGAGGUUUUGCCUCUGGCAACAGCAAUCACAUUCGAUUAUAAACAAGGGAUAAUAUUCCAAUAAUAAAUUUUUUGCAUUGUAUUCAUAUGACUACUAAUUUAUGUUAUUUUAAUUAACAAAAAUCUCACGUACUAAUUUAUUAUAAAUCUCUGUAAGAUACGAACAGGAUUAUUUAAUGUAAUUUAAUUAUUUAAUUAUCUUUUACAUCAAGUUCGCAAUUUUUUAGUCAUUAUUUGUCUCUUUUUUAUCAUAAUUCAAAAAUAUACUUGGGUAAUAUUUUAUGGAGGAAAUUUGUAAAUAAAUAAUCGAAAUUGUAAGUAUCAAUACCAUAAUUUAAUAAAUGAUUUAAUAAAAUUCAUCAUUGUGAUAAGUGAUAAUUAUAGAUAAUUGUGUAGGUAUUUAGAAAUGAUAUUAAGGGAAGACAUCAGUUAUCUUUCAGAUAAAUUUUUGCAAAUACAAAUAUUUUUGCAUGCUAUUCUUUAGAUUUUAUUUAAAUCACAUAAGACUUCAUCUUAUAGUUAAUUAAUUUUGCAAUUUAAAAAUUUAUUUUAUUAAAAAUAAUUAUUACGUUGUAAAAUUCAAAUCCUUUAUCUUUCCAUUACUUCACAAAAAAAUUCAUGUUUUUUCAAUUCCUUAUUCUUACAUCUGAGUAUCUGUUUCUUACGAGAAUAUUGAAAUUUACUAAUCAUAAUUUUCUUUAGUGUAAUAUCUUGUUUGUCCCAAAAAAAUAUCUUGAUUACUAAAGAGGAAUGUGUAUUUAUAAAAUUUUAUCCAAAAAGUAACUGAUAGUUCAAUUUUGCCUAAGUAUCUUCCCUUAAAUAAUUUGUGAGCUUUAGUUUUGAAUAUAUAAUUUCUAGCAUGAUUAAAACUUCAGCUACGUUAGAAAUGAUAUUGCAACAAUAAUAUUGUAGUGCAAAAUUUAAUUUUUAUAGGAAAUUAGGUAAUUAUAUAUGUAAAUAUAUAUAUUUAGAUACUUAUAUAUAUAUAUCUAUUUUUUAAUAAUAAAAGAAUAUCCGCUUAUGUCAUAAAAUAAUUCAAUUUUAUACUUUAAAAUGUGUAAAAGCUAUUUCAUUAUUUAUUUCUAUAUAAAUUAUGUGCUUUAAGCUGUAUAAUCAUAAAUAAUUUCAAAUUUGAGAUAUUUACAUAAAGUAGAAUCAUGCUAAUACAACCAAAAAUUGAAAUAUAUUCAAUUAUAAUAUUGGAACAUUAUUAAUUUAUAAAUUCCGCUUAACGUACAAAAUAGAAAUAGAAAAUUAUAUUUAAACGUAAUAAAUAUUACCGAUUUGUACAAAUUAACUGUGAACUGUACUUUGAAAUGAAAAAUUAGAAGAAAUUAUGCAAUAUUUGUAACAUAAAUUUGUAAAAGUAUAAAAUGAACUAUUUGUAAAAUAAAAAUAUUGUAAACUAUUUCUCAAUUACUGUAGAAUUAAAAUUCCUAGAACCUAAUUCAUCUGAUGUGUAUUUCUCGAAGAUAAAAAAAAAAAAAGGUAAGUUAGUAUUAUUUUGAAGAUUUAUUUAUGAAACGUUUAUCUUUACACGAACAAUGAAUAGUUGACUGAUUGAAAUACCUUAUGUAAUUUUCAUACAACCAGGGAUCUAAAAUGGUAAACACUACAUUGAAUUCCUACAAAGAAACUGCCUUAUUCUCUAAUGCACAUUUCACUAUGUAUUUAUACCAAUAAUGAUAAUGACGACGAAUAUAAUAAAACUGUAAUGAAAAACUUUUUUGAGAACAUGUCUAAGUUUAUACUCAAUCUUAAGAGUACUUUUAGAAGAAUUAACAAUUUGAUUUGUUUUUUUAUCACGAUCAUUUGCUUUUCAGUUUUAAACUUUUUUUUCUGUUUUUUAGAAGUAUCCUUACGUUGUAGAGCAUAA